UGUCUGAACUGAACUAGUUAGGAUCAGACAUUUUAUGACAAAUGUAUUAAGAAGUUCCAAAGGAUUGGCAUUCUUUUCACCACGCUAUGUUUGUAGAGGAAUAAUGAUAUGAAACGGGUCUUGGAUAUUUUUUUUAAAUUGGGAUUUUGAAUUAAAUUUACUUUUAAUUCGUCGCUAUUAUUACCGUAUUGACCUAUUUUGGGUGUCGAAGGCUGUCAUACCUUUCAGUAUGAUCGGGCCCCUUUUCUCCCCUCAAAAGAUGUAACCAAUUUUCCAAACGUAUCUUAUGUCAGGAGUAAAGCAAACAUGCCCAAAUCCAAAGGCUUGCGUCAAACAGUUCUGUAGUGGACAGGAAGCGGAGUGAUUCAACAUUUGCUCUCAGCAGCUUUCUCUCCCACGGCAGCCAUUUUGGACCACCAGCGCCUGAGCUCAAUUGUUGGGAAAAGGUUCGAACUCCGAAAGGAAUGUGGGACCAGGGAGGCCAGCCCUGGCCGCAGUGGCCUCUGAGCCAGCAGCAGUGGAUGCAGUCCUUCCAGCACCAGCAAGAUCCAGAUGCGAGUCCACAUGGGACCGCUUCCGGGUCUGGACCCGGACUGCCAGGCCAAGUGGACUGGGCUGCCCUUGCACAAGCUUGGAUAGCUCAUAAGGAAACGACUGGAUCAGAGCCUAACAUUCAACCCAAUGGGCAGGACAUCCAAGGUCAUGAACCACCUGCACAGGGCAACCAUGGGUCCUUCCAGAGUGAUUCUGCUUUUGGCAGAAUGUGGCAGCCAGAAUGGGGAAUGCAUGGCCAACCGCCACCGCCUCCUCCACCACCUCCUGAACAAACCUGGAUUCCUCCUGGCUCAGCCCAGAUGGAUGUCGUGAACCACAGCGAAGAUGGAAACAGCCCGGACAGUGCAGAAUUCAACUCUGAAGCGCGGCGUGGGGUUUUCCCCCAGAACAGCCAUGGGUAUGGGGCACAGCCCGACAGCUACGCCAUGGCCCCCAUGGCCAUAAACCAGUUUGAUUAUCAGCAUGGAGCGGCUUCGUCUUUUGGCCCUCCGCCCUCUGGCUUCCAUUCCCCAUACUGGCAGGGUCCCCCUCAGAACAGACGAGAUGCCCGACCGCCUGGCUUCAGGGACCGCCCAAGAUCGCCUAUGCAGCUUCCUAUGAAACAGGAAGCUCCAGCACCACUUGAUGCGGUGAAAAGGCGAACGCUACCUGCCUGGAUCCGAGAGGGACUUGAAAAGAGGGACAGAGAAAAUCAGAAGAAAAUGGAGCAAGAGCGAAUGGAAAAAGAGCGUGCAGAAAUGUCAAAAGAUGAUGACCAAGACCACGAGAUUGAUGAUGGAGUUGAUGGGCCUCGUGUGCCCCGCAAGAGCAAAUUUGACAGUGAUGAUGAAGCUAAUGAAGACAAUGAAGAAAAGCCUCCUGUAAAAAGAGAGUUUGUCGUGCGGAGCCCAUCGCCUCCUGCAGAAGAUAGUGAGCCUGAAAUGACUGAGGAGGAAAAGGAAUUCCAACUGAUGGUCAUCACAAAAACACUUCUCACUGAAAUCCUUCUGGAGGUCACCAAUGAAGAGAUCCAGCACAUUUCAAAAGAAGUUCACCGCAAAGCAACACGAGCUCCUGCAAAACAGCUGGCACAGUCAAGUGCACUGGCUUCUCUGACUGGUCUCAGUGGUCUGGGUGAUUAUGGUUCAGAGGAGAGUGCAGACGAGGACGACCGCAGUGCCCGUGGGUCAGAAUCCUCCGACACUGAUGAAGAGGAGUUGCGCCAUCGUAUCCGGGAGAAGCUGGAUGCCUUCUAUCGCAAAGAGCGAGAAAUGCAACAGCUCCAAGAAAAACAUGCGCAAGAUGCUCUGCUUGCUCGUGAAGACUUGGUCAAGGAACGAUUGAGUAGAGAAAGGGUUGAAAAUGAUGAAGGCCAGUUAGAAAAUUAUCAUAAAGAGGAAGUGAAAGAGAGGGAGCCAGAACUCUUGGUAGAGAGGCGUAGGUCCCGUAGUGAGAUUGAGAGUAGUGAGGUGAGGCAUUCGGGCAGGGGAAAAGAGAGGUCAGGCAGAAGUGGUAGCGAUUCACCAACCAACGGUCACAGCAGCAGCUCUCAUUCUUCUUCCAGCCGUAGCAGCAGUCAGUCGUCCUCUUCAUCUUCAACAUCCUCUUCUCAUAGUUCCUCGCGAUCCUCUUCCCCUCGAAGGAAGAGGAGACGUAGUCGAUCUUCUUCCCAUAAGGCCCGCCGGCGAAGUCGCAGUCGCAGCUCUCGUAGACGUCGUAGUGAAAAGGCCAGGGACAGGAGGAGAAGCAGCACGGAGCAAAGAGCAGCGCACCGCAAGAAAGACCGCAGCGAUUCCAGAGAACGAAGGAGUCGCAGGAGUCGAUCCAAAUCGAGGGACCGGGGCAGGGCCCGAGAUAGCCGCAGUCGCAGCAGAGACAAGGGCAGAGAGAAGGAUAAGGACAGGAAAAGAAGCAGGGAGCGCAGGGACAAUAGUCACAGCAGCAAACAGAAGCAGAAAUCCUCCGGCAAAGAUGAAGAGAGGAAGCGAGAUCGAAGCCGUAGCCAUGAGAAAGAAAAGAAAAAGAAGGAUAAAGAUCGGCAGCGAGAGUCUGAAAGAAAGAAGGAUAAACCAAGGACUAAAGAAAAGACCAAUUCUUCAGUUAAUGAGGAAAAUGGCAAAUUAAAGAAACGGAAAGAAAUGGACUCUCAUGCUGACUCACAGGGUGACAGAUACUCUAGGCAGGAUAGCAAAUCCAGCAAAAAGGGCUCAGCCAAAGCUAGCAAGAGAUUGUCAAACUCUGAUUCAAGCAGAUCCCCUACGCCGGAACAUAAUAGGGAAAAGAAAUCUAAGAAAUCCAAACGUAGUCGCUCACGAUCAGCGGAAAAAUCGCACAAGUCUGGUAAGAAGGCAAGCCGCAAACACAAGUCUAAGUCACGAUCAAGGUCAACAUCCCCUAAUCGUCAUAGCAGACACUGAGGAUGUGCCGCCCCCACCACUAAAUUCCAUGAGUUCAAGUGGCUUGUCUCAUUAUAGAGGCAAUUGUGUAGGUGGUCAUCCCUUGACACUUCUUUCCCCAUUGUAAAUAUGUUAUUUUUUAAAGUUUGUCUGAGGAGCAAGUCUUGAAUGGUUUAGAUUCUUUCUUGUAUCACUGACAAGCGUAAGUCUUGGCUUACGCCAAGAACUGAAGGUGUAUUGUUUUAAAUCUUAACAUGAUUCACAGAUUUCCCCAUCCAACAUUGUAAGAUAGCCAAUAUAAGAUGUCCAAUAAAAUUAUUUGUCCUCGU